UAUGCUACAGUUCAACUAGACAAAAGCAGCAAGGAGAAGGGGCACUAGCGCGUUAAAGACAAUAGAAAAAGAAUUGACUUGAUUUACGGAUUGCGACAUUAAUUUAAUCGUUUUCUCUUAUAUUUUCCUUAUCUUCUGUCCUUUUUUCUUUUUUACUUUUCUUCUUUUUUUUUUUCUUUUACCUCUUCUUAAUAUACCUUUUAUCAUUCGUGAACGAAAAAUCGUGAAGGAAAAAUCGUGAAGGAAAAAUUCGUUGAAAAAGACAAGAAAAAAAAAAGAAAAGAAAUAAAUAAAUAAAAAGUAAAAAGAAAUAAAACGAAGAAGAAAAUAAAUUCUUUUGACGAAAGUUCGAGUGUUCUUUUAUCAAAUUUCUUUCAAGGAAAAAUGACGAAAUACGAAAUGUGUGUUAAAUCGCGUCCACUGAUGACUCUUCUGAUCGUCAGUGUUCUCAUGACGGUUUUGAUACCCAAACCAACCGAAGCCAGACCUUCCGGUAUCAUCAGUAGACGCAAGAGAGUCUCAGAUCAGAGGCUUGCCGAAUUGGAAACGUUAUUGGGAUUAUCAAAGAUGAAGGGCAAGAUAAUAACGAUACCUAUUGCAUUUGGCGUUGUCGAUCCUGCGAAAAUAGGUCGCAAGCGAAGAUCUCCAACGGACGACAGUUCCAACAAAUUGCGAGAGACUCUGCAAAUAGACGGACGAGAUUCGAUUUUUCUCCCGGAAGAGAAUAAUGAGAUUUUAUCUCUCCCAUUGAAGGAUGCAAGCGAUCGACUAGAGAACGGGGGACAGUAUUAGUCUAAUUGGAUGUUGCAAUAUCGAUUGAAGGAGAAACAAAAAUCGAAGCAAUCGAGUGUAGCAAGAGAAGAAAGAAAGAAGGAGACGAAGAAGAAAAAAGAAGAAGAAGAAAAAGAAAUGAGGAAAAUAAGAAAGCUACUAGAUCGUGAAUCGCCUGAAACAGUAUUACGGACCGUUCUCCGUCCGAACUUGAUGCACUGAACUCUUUAAUAAACUUAGAGCAUAAAUAAUUAGCGACGAAUACGACAAUUGUUUAAGUCUCGUCGUGAUACGUAAUUGUAGUUGAUAGUGACACGAGAAAUGGAUAAACGUGAAUGAGUGAAAAAAAGGAAGGAGAAGAACCAGGAGGAGGAAGAGGAGGAGAAGGAGGAGGAGGAGGAGGAGGAAGAAGAAUAAAAUGGGAGAAAACCUGAAACAAUCGUAACUUCCUAAAAAAAAAAAAAAGAGAAAAAAAAUAAAAGGAAAAAAAAAAGAAAAAAAAAAGAAAAGAAAAAAAGAAAAACUACUAUGCUCUUCCUUUUAAGUAUUCGACAUCUUAACAAAAACAGUAUUCGAUGCAUUCGAUAUAUAUAAAUAUAUAUAUAUGUAUGUAUGUAUGUGUGUAUAUAUAUAUAUAUAUAUAUACAUUCUUUUUAAGUUAUUUAUUCUAUUUAUUGAAUGAUUUAAUCGAAUUAAAAUAAUUAUUUAUUGUUUGUUAUAUCAUAAUCAAUUGCAAUCUCAAUCGAUCUCUAGACUCGCUUUAAUGUGAACACGUAUCAUACGACAGCACAAAGACACGAAAAGAUACUUUCUGUGAUAAAGAUAAUGAAGUCAAAAUGCGAGGAGUGAUAAUCACGUGAACGUCUAUAUAAGAUCUAAGAAGAAAGAAAAGAAAAGAAAAGAGAAAAAAAAAAAAAAAAAGAAAAGAAGAAAAUAGAAAGAAAGAAAAAAAUAAAAAAAAAAAGAAAAGAAAGAAAAAAAGAAAGGAAUUAUCGUUAAUUCAUUAAAAAAAACGUUCGUGAUUCUUAAUAUAGUAUAUACAAUGUCGUAAUAAAAUGUCAUUAUACCAGUUCGUAUAAGCGAUAAAGGAGAUCAAAGAAAUUAUUCUUUAUUUUAAUCACAAUUUAAUUCACAUUCCUUUACAUAUUUAUUUAUCUAUAUUAUGUAUUUAUAUAUCACCUUCAUUGCUCUUACAGUCGUCAUUAAUUAUUGCGCUCUCAUUCAUAAAGAUAAAAUUAAUUAAAAUUACGCGCACUUUUCGAGUAUAUCGAUAUCAUAUUAUCUCGAUGUUAUGUACUUUAUUCUUACUAAGUAAAUUAUUUCAUUAAUUCUUAUUAUAAUAUAUAAAUGGAUAAUAUAAAUGUAGAUGUUGACGUGUUAAAUGUACGUGCGUGUGUUCAAAGGUUGAUUGUUUUAGGAAUUCUCUUUAAGGAACGUCAGAAAAAUUUCGAAUGUAUUUUAUCGAUCGUAUUCGGUGUGCUCUUCCCUUUCAUCUAAUACGUAUUAUUUAUUUAAGAUACUAUAUUUAUAUAUAUAUAAUAAUAAUUUAUUUAUUUUAUUUAUUUAUUUAUUUAUUAUUUUACGAAACGAUCUAUACGUAAAGACUACGGCGACUAAGCGUUCCAGUGAAUAAAUGUAUUAUCUUAUUUAUUAA